GAGACUUACAGUGAUCGAAUAAAGUCUAAUACAAGUUGAAGGCACACGCAGAGCAUCUGAAAAACGCAUACCAAACGCCAAUGCAAAUCUAUACGCAUGCGCCUAGAGUCACACGACUAAUCAAAGUUUUUCCAUUGCAGUUAUAUUGUAGUUCUAAUUCCAAGUCUUCUGUGGAGGUUCAUCAAGUUGAAGAACAGAAAACUCCUGCAGCUGUAGCCUACAGUACACUAGAAGACCUGACGCGGCCACGUGACAUUUGACAUCAACUAGCAAAAUGGCAGAUAUUGUCUUCUCUGACGACUUCGAUCAAGUAGAGACCGAAGAAGUAGAAGUGUCUCCUUUGGACGAGGAGUCAGAGGACGAUGCAAUAGAUCCUCAGUUAUUCGUUCAGAAAUACAUAAACAGCGACGACACAGUGAAACGCCAACGUGUUGCGAGAAGCUUGGGUGAUGUCAUGCGAUGGACUGAGGGGGAUGAGGAUGUGGAGGUGGUUCUUUUAGCAGCAGAGCAAUUGUCUGUUGACUUAGAUCCUCGUGUUCGUAUUGAUGUAAUUGAGGAACUGCCUGAUAUCACAGCAUUUUGUUUGGAAGAAAGCAAGAGUAUUGAUCUGGUUCUUAAUAGGUUGCUGCCAAUAUUGGCUAAGUAUUUAUGUGACUCACAUGACCAGGUUCGUAAAUCUGGUCAUUCGACUCUAUUCUCUCUAUUAGAGCAUCAAUUGAUUGGCAGUGUUGAUGUGGAGCACUUCAUGGUUCCAGUAUUGGCUCAAAUGACUACUGCUGAUAACUGUAUGAGUCAACUAGAAGCUGCCAGGGUUAUAAUGAGAGUGACUCCCAUGAUGGAACCCGAGGUAAUUGAUAGAGUGUUUAUUCGGCUUAUAAUGUUGUUAUCUGGAGCACAAUUUUUUGAAGUUCGGAAAACUUGUGCUUCUGGUUUUGGUCUUCUUGCUCAGGCUGUUGGAUAUGAUUUGAAUGAGAAGGUGGUGCUGCCUCUUUUUCGUACUCUUUGCACAGAUACAGUUUGGGGAGUUCGAAAGGGUUGUGCUGAGGCUUUGGUCGAUGUAUCACUAGCUUGUACAUUAGAGCAACGAAGAAAUGUGCUGUGUACACUAUGUCUGUCAUUUCUUCAAGAUUCGUCCAAAUGGGUUCAGAAGUCUGCUUACCAGGUUUUAGGACCCUUUAUUGCUACAUUUCAUGAUCCUCUCACAGCAUUUGUAUCUGACAAUGACAAAGAAGAGGAACAAGAAGAGUUAUUAAGUGCUAUAUCUCCUAUUCCUUUGGUCGACAGUGACAUUGUGCCGGAGCGUGUUGCAGUCAGUGGAGUAGGAGAUAAUGACUGUGACAUACUGAAAGCCUCAAUAUAUGCCACUAGCAAUGAACAGAAGCCACUAUCUCAUGGAGAAAAUGCAGUUGAUGGAUCUACUUACACUGAAAACGUUGAAUUACUUUUACAUGUUGCACAAGGAUUGGCUACUGUAGAAGGAUUUAGUUCUUUUCUUUACUGGAAGACUCCUCUUCCAGACAUAUCUUCUGAACUCGAGUCGAUUGACAAUUUAUCUCAGACUUCAUCAUCAAAUGCUGGAGCAAGUUCAAUAAGCUGCAAUCUCGCAGAGAGUUUGUAUAACAAAGAUGACGAGGUUUGUCAGGUGGCCAGUGCCACUCCAAAGACACAAUUUCAAGAUGCUGAUGCAAACAAUGAAACUGUCAUAUUGAGUGAAAGUGAUGUAGCACCUGAAGAUCCUACCUUUUAUAGAGUGUCUGAGUUUAGUGGCGAUCAGUCGUCAGUUGAAGAGGUGGAGUCUCUGGUGAUGAAACAGGAUGUUGUCCCUGAAGAACUUCUGGAUUAUUACAUAUCAAUGAUAGAACCAAGCCAAGCACAACUUGUUGAUCCUGACCUGCCGUUACAUUGUGCUUACUCAUUUCCAGGAGUAGCAAUAACUUUGGGCAAGGAGCACUGGUGCUGCAUCAAACCAAUUUAUGGUGUUCUUUGCAGUGACAUGCAAUGGAAAGUACGAAGGACGCUUUCUUUCUCAGUUCAUGAAGUCGCAAAAUUGCUUGGAAAGGAGUUGAUAGAAAGUGAAUUGAUCACUGUCUUUGAUGAUUUCUUGAAAGAUCUCGAUGAGGUACGAAUCGGUGUUCUGUCUCAUUUUUCAGAGUUUGUUGAGCUAAUCUCACCAGAACUUCAAAAGCGCUACUUGAGCUAUCUGCCCACUUUCCAACAAAUGGACAACAAGAACAAUUGGAGAUUUAGACAAGCUUUGGCCGAGCAGUUGGGUCAGUUGUGUAAUCUGUGCAAACCUAUUGACAUCCACACUCAUGUUGUGCCGAUUGCCAUCAAUCUGGCCACGGAUAAAGUAGCCGAUGUUCGGUCACUGGCUGUUGAUGUGCUUGGCCGAAGUCUUUGUCAUUUGAGAAAUGAUAGUGACAUGCAAUUAGCUGAUCAACUCAUUGAAGAUGUUAGAGAUCGAUUCGGACUAAGCAAUCGAUGGCUUAUGAGACAGACUUUCGUGCGGUUUUGUCAAGCUGUGUUGAGUUCCAAUUAUGUUACACCACACGUGUUUGCUGAAAACUUUCUAGAUUCUCUGUUGGAUCUGGCAUCAGACUCUGUAGCGAAUGUUCGCCUUGCAGUCUCAAGAGCAAUUUCAGAAAACCUUCUGUCAAUUGACAUACUUAGGCCAGUAGAGUCUGGUUCAUCUCAUUAUUCUCUCUCUGUAUCGCUGGCUAUUAGUCAGCUGCUCAAAGAUCCUGACAGAGAUGUGCGCAACUUUGUAGCCGAAGUUCCAGAUGUAGCUAGAUUUGUGACUCAAGAUUUUUCAAGCCAAAUUGUUCAAGCUGAUAAUGAUGAAAGUGGCGAUGAGUUAGAUGCUUUGAUUGUGGUGGAAACAUCUUCAAUAUUACCAGAUGUUUAUAGUGCAAACAGUAGUAUUUUAGAUAUAGUGGAUCAACCCGUAUCGGGUCAAAAUCAUUGUUCUGAUGGAGCUAUAGAUGGCGAUAGUGAAUUCUAGAUACAGGACAUAUUAUGCAGAUGUUUUUGGAUGUGCUAGGAUUUAUAUUCUGUAUAUUACACGACACGUCGUACAGAUCUAGAGAGAUUGCUAGUGGUCACUGAUCAGGUUGAGAAAAGAAAUUUGUCUAAUUUAUUGCUAA